AUGGAAGCUGAAGUCAGUUUCUCCUCAAUUGCUCCGCUAGUGUUUGACGGAGAAAACUACCAGAUUUGGGCAGUUCGUAUGGAGGCAUAUUUCGAUGCUUUGGAUCUUUGGGAAAUAGUGGAAGAAGACUGUGAUGUUCCUACACUUCCAAAAAAUCCCUCUAUGGCACAGAUUAAAAUGUAUAAGGAGAAGAAGAUGAAAAAGUCGAAGGCCAAUGCAUGCUUGUUUGCUGCAGUGUCAUCGACGAUCUUCACAAGAAUAAUUUCCCGUAAGACAGCCAAGUCUAUAUGGGAUUAUCUCAAGAAAGAAUAUGUAGGAGAUGAAAAAAUAAGAGGAAUGCAAGUUUUAAAUUUGAUAAGGGAUUUUGAGUUGCAAAAGAUGAAGAAGUCUAAAACAAUCAAAGAGUAUUCAGAUAGACUUCUUGAAAUUGUAAACAAAGCAGACUACUCGGGUCUAAAUUUAAUGAUUCAAGAAUUGUAG